AUGUCCUCUCCGUCGUCGGCAGGAAAGCGCAAGCGCAGUGCUUCCCAACAUCUUCCGUCCAACGUUAUCUCCGCUGACCUUCUGCAACCUUCAUCACGCGAUGCAUCGGGUGAAGAUGGCGAUGAUUCGACCGGUCCGAAUACUCCCCUUUCGGUCAAGUACAAGAAGCAGGCGCCAAUUGAUGUAACUUCAGCGGGCAAUGUUCCGCCAUCGAAACGGGCUCGGAAGAGCUCAACGACUGGCGAGCAAACCAAUGGUCCUGCCACCGAUGAGCCUUCGGCGCUCAGCAAAGAAGAUCCGGGCGAGCCGUCCGAAACGACGGUUGCCAGCAGCGACAUCGAAAGCCGAAGCAAGAGCCGGUCGGGAUUACAGAUCAAAACGACAGAUGUUGAGGAUACCGAGGACAUGAUGCAGCCACCUCAGCGGGCUGGGUUGCAGGAUCCGGUUGGAUACCAUACCAAUCCUCCGCCCGUGGGGCGCCCAGUGCGCGUGUAUGCGGAUGGUGUCUUUGAUUUGUUUCACGUGGGCCAUAUGCGUCAGCUUGAGCAGGCGAAGAAGGCCUUCCCGGAUGUGCAUCUGAUGGUCGGUGUGACUGGAGAUGAGGAGACUCACAACCGGAAGGGUCUUACUGUCCUGAGUGGUGCGGAGCGCGCAGAGAGCGUUCGUCACUGUAAAUGGGUGGACGAGGUGAUCCCUAAUUGCCCUUGGCUGUUGACUCCGGAAUUUCUUGACGAGUACCAAAUCGACUACGUGGCGCAUGAUGACCUGCCCUAUGGCGCGGCCGAAGGAGAUGAUAUCUACGCGCCGAUCAAGGCCCAGGGCAAGUUCUUGGUUACUCAGAGGACGGAAGGUGUCAGCACCACGGGAAUUAUCACCAGAAUUGUCCGCGACUACGACCAGUACAUUUCCCGCCAAUUCAAACGAGGCGCCUCGAGACAGGAGCUGAAUGUGUCAUGGCUUAAAAAGAACGAACUGGAAAUCAAGCGACACGUUGCGGAGAUUCGGGAUAAUAUCCGGAACAACUGGACAACCACGGGCCAGGAGCUGGGCCGAGAAUUACGGCAGCUCUGGCAGAAUAGCCGGCCUGGCAGCCCGGCACCGAGCGCGAGGAACAGUGUAGACAUGGGCAGUACACGGGGAAACGUUGUCAGCCCUACCACUGGUACCAUGAAAACCCAUCUGUCCCGGGUGGAAUCAGUGGGUCGAUCUGAAAGUCCCAUUGGAAACGGACGGAAUGAAGACUUUGCAACCGGGUACAGCUUGGGAUUGAUUGGAGGUGUAAGAGCCUGGAUGCGCAGCCGUCGGUCACUCUUGGAAAGCCGCGCCCCUUCCCCGACAAGUGAGGAGGAACAUGAGUCCGAGCAGGAACGCAGCAACGGCCAUAUUGAACCAUUGAAAACGUCCGCCAAUGCCGUGACAAAUUAG